AUGGCGGCAAUCAAAGCAACAUCCACAACUGCAAAGGAUGUCAGCAUAUCUAGGAAGCCUCCAAUCCUGUGCAUGGGAGCACCGAGGACCGGUACCGCCUCUUUAGGAGAAGCCCUUCGGAUACUUGGCUACGAACGUGUCCAUCAUGGCAGCAACCAAGUCCCGUCAGACCCCAACUGGGAAAUUUUCAACCGAGCAGCCGACGCAACUUUUGACACACUUCCCACAUACACCGGCAAGCCCUUCACUCGGGAAGACUGGGACGAGAUCAUGCAAAAUUGGGAUGUCGUGACCGAUAUGUUUGCGUAUUACGCCAGGUCUCUGAUCCCGGCUUACCCCGAUGCGAAAGUCAUUCUGGUAGAGCGCGACACCAGCGCCUGGCUGAAAAGCUGGACAGAGCAGAAACGAAGCUGGUGUAGCCCGUUGGCUCAUCAAUUCGUCAAGACUGUCGAACCCCUGACUGGCACCAUCGCCGGCUCGACCUCAUUCAAGUUCAUCACUGGCUGGAUCGGCUCGAACAAGCGACAGGACAUCUUUGACAAAGCUGAGGAGGCAUAUGCACGCCACAACCAAUUCGUCCGAGAUUCGGUACCUGCUGGGCAGCUUUUAGAAUUUCAGUUGAAAGAUGGAUGGGUGCCGUUGUGCGAGUUCCUUCGGAAAGAAGUCCCCAAUGUGCCAUUCCCUCGCCUCAACACUCUGGAGGACUAUCAGGCAAAGGCCAGCCAGGACAAGUGGGCUGGGAUUGUACGUGCGACAAAGCGAGUCUUGGGCAUGCGAGAUACGACAUCUGAAGUGGAAGGCAAUCUUUCAAAACCAUCGCAAGGCCAUUCCGGCGCUGUCUAA